AUGGAACUGCCGUGGCCGGAUCUUCUACUCCCUUGUUCCCCGUCUUGGCGGUGCCUUGACCGCUUCAGUCUUCUCGAUGAAGAAGGUGAGGAUGGACAGGUGGCAUACUGGACGCUGCUCCAACAUAUACUCCAGCAGCCUGUCAACACUUCUGCCCAGCUUAUAGACGUUCUCGAUACAAUUGCCAAUACGGGCCGUGGCUCUUCUGGGGCAGCCGGCGAUUUCGGAACACUCAGAGAAGCUGUGGAGCAUCAUCAUAGUGACACAUUCUUCUCAAGGCUGUGGCCCACUAUUGUGCAGCUCUCGCUCAAGCUACCGGAUCACUUCCCGACAGGUACUAUCCCAGUGCUUCGACCAGGGGACAAGCUGAAUCCUACGAGAGACAUGGUUGCAUGCCUUGUGGCUCAUCAGUUCCUGUGCACCUUCCGGGUCCCUCCCUGGCGUGAAGGAUAUCACGACUUUAGUAUUUGGUAUGACUCUGAACAACGACAUCCGCAGGCAGUGAGGAUGUACCUCACAGCGCUCUUCCAAUAUUUUGAAGAGCUUAGUGCGGAUCCUAUGUCAGCAAGUCCAGGAAAUUCUGUUGAUGGGGGAGUAGAAUUCUCUUUACACGCCUUCGAUAACACGGGAGACUUUGUAACGGGGAAAUGGGAUCAAAUUCGGCUCAGAAAUUUGACUGUUGUUUUUGUCCAGAGUUUUAGCACUGAGCAGCAGGAACUUGCCCAUCAAGGCCAUGAUGGUGCGGUGGUGGUCUCUGCUAAUAAAGACAUCGGUUUUGGACAAUCAGCGACUCAGGAGGAGCUCUUCAUGGGCAAUUGUCCAGAAGCCUGUCCUGCAGUGCUCCUCACUCCAACAUUACAGGAUGAUCAGACUCUGACUGUAUGUGGAGCUCGCCCUAUGCUGAGAAUCUUGGGUCAGCGCCGCGAAGUCUCCUGGGAGAAACUCGGGCCAGGAGAAAGGCAAGGAGGUAGAAUGCUGCUCAUGGACGCACUAGAACUCGAUGAGGCGGAUGAGUUGGGGACAUUGCCUGAUUUGAAGCAGGAGAACAUUUUGCGUGAGAUACGAAAGGCGUAUACGGCGUUUUCGUCCUGGACGAGCGGUGAUGCUUCGACUGUGUGGACAGGGUUAUGGGGCUGCGGCGCAUUUAACGGCGAUCCUGCUAUCAAAGUGAUUAUCAUGUGGAUAGCGGCUUCGUUGGCAGGCAAGGAAUUGCGGUUACUCUGUGAUGCUUCCCAGAGUGACUUUGGUGACAAAUGCGGACGAUUUGCCAAGAAAGUUAACUCGACUUGGACGGUGCGGGAGCUUGAAGAUUGUUUGAAGGCUAUACCUCAGGGUAUUAGGCGCUUAGAGACGAUGGAUUGGCUGCUUGACAAUGUACCUGAUUUUUGA